CCAGACAACAUCAAACAGCCAAACGACUCCCUCCUCACUUCCUCCCUCCCUAUUCCGCCGCGGUCCCAAAGACUCUCCAGGGUGGCCCUUGUCCGCACGGCUUGGAGGGAGUGCUCUCUGAGUUAAGCUGGUCUCUUCUUGUCCUGGAAAAAAUGAAUGUUGACAUCAAGGGUCCUGGAUCUGUACAGGGAAGAAAGUACCACUUAAAAAAAAAACUCUAGCCCGGCGGUGGUACCGUCUGCAGCGCCUGCUGCCCCUGGAUGUUAGCGGAAAGCCUUCGUGCGCGGUAGUCGGCUGGCAGAGGAGUGGGGCCCGCGGAGUUAAAAGGAACAAAAGCGAGAGCGCCAUGACAAACGUCCCCGACACGACCCCAUUAGGCAUGAGCCCGGAGUGAUGGGAAAAUGAACUAGAAUACGAUGAGCUGCCCCAUUACGGCGGGAUGGACGGAGUAGGGGUGCCUGCUUCCAUGUACGGAGACCCUCACGCGCCGCGGCCGAUCCCCCCGGUUCACCACCUGAACCACGGGCCGCCGCUCCACGCCACGCAGCACUACGGCGCGCACGCCCCGCACCCCAAUGUCAUGCCGGCCAGCAUGGGAUCCGCUGUCAACGACGCCUUGAAGCGGGACAAGGACGCGAUCUAUGGGCACCCGUUGUUUCCUCUGUUAGCUCUGGUCUUUGAGAAGUGUGAGCUGGCGACCUGCACUCCCCGGGAACCCGGAGUGGCCGGCGGAGACGUCUGCUCCUCCGACUCCUUCAACGAGGACAUCGCGGUCUUCGCCAAGCAGGUUCGCGCCGAAAAGCCACUUUUUUCCUCAAAUCCAGAGCUGGACAAUUUGAUGAUACAAGCAAUACAAGUUCUAAGGUUUCAUCUUUUGGAGUUAGAAAAGGUCCAUGAACUGUGUGAUAACUUCUGCCACCGGUACAUUAGCUGUUUGAAGGGGAAAAUGCCUAUCGACCUCGUCAUUGAUGAAAGGGACGGCAGCUCCAAGUCAGACCACGAAGAACUUUCAGGCUCCUCCACAAAUCUCGCUGACCAUAAUCCUGCAUCUUGGCGAGACCACGAUGAUGCGACCUCCACCCACUCAGCAGGCACUCCAGGGCCCUCCAGUGGAGGCCAUGCUUCCCAGAGUGGAGACAACAGCAGUGAGCAAGGGGACGGUUUAGACAACAGUGUAGCUUCACCUGGCACAGGUGACGACGAUGAUCCAGACAAGGACAAAAAACGCCAGAAGAAAAGAGGCAUUUUCCCCAAAGUAGCAACAAAUAUCAUGAGAGCGUGGCUCUUCCAGCAUCUCACACAUCCGUACCCUUCCGAAGAGCAGAAGAAACAGUUAGCGCAAGACACAGGACUUACAAUUCUCCAAGUAAACAACUGGUUUAUUAAUGCCAGAAGAAGAAUAGUACAGCCCAUGAUUGACCAGUCAAAUCGAGCAGGUUUUCUUCUUGAUCCUUCAGUGAGCCAAGGAGCAGCGUAUAGUCCAGAGGGUCAGCCCAUGGGGAGCUUUGUGUUGGAUGGUCAGCAACACAUGGGGAUCAGGCCUGCAGGUUUGCAGAGCAUGCCAGGGGACUACGUUUCUCAGGGUGGUCCUAUGGGAAUGAGUAUGGCACAGACAAGUUACACUCCUCCCCAGAUGACCCCACACCCUACUCAAUUAAGACAUGGACCCCCAAUGCAUUCAUAUUUGCCAAGCCAUCCCCACCACCCAGCCAUGAUGAUGCACGGAGGACCCCCAACCCACCCUGGAAUGACUAUGUCAGCACAGAGUCCCACAAUGUUAAAUUCUGUAGAUCCCAAUGUUGGCGGACAGGUUAUGGACAUUCAUGCCCAAUAGUAUAAGGGAACUCAAGGGAAAAGGAAACACACGCAAAAACUAUUUUAAGACUUUCUGAACUUUGACCAGAUGUUGACACUUAAUAUGAAAUUCCAGACAGCUGUGAUUAUUUUUUACUUUUGUCAUUUUUCAUCAAGCAACAGAGGACCAAUGAGACAAGAACACAAAUGUGAAAUCAUGGGCUCACUGAGACAAUUCUGUCCAUGUAAAGAUCCUCUGGAAAAAGACUCCGAGAGUUAUAACUACUGUAGUAUAAACCAUAGGAACUAAGUUAAACUUGUACAUUUCUGUUGAUCACUCCGUUAUGUUGCCUCAAAUAGUUUUAGAAGAGAAAAAAAAAUAUAUCCUUGUUUUCCACACUAUGUGUGUUGUUCCCAAAAGAAUGACUGUUUUGGUUCAUCAGUGAAAUCACUAUCCAGGAGAGACUGUGGUAUAUUUUAAAUCUGUUGGGCCAAUGAGAAAAGAACCACGCUGGAGACCACGGUGAACAUUUGGCUGAACCUCAUCCCUCAGACUCCAGCUUCAAGAAUGUGUUUUCAUGCCCAGCCUUUCUUCCUCCAUAAAUGUGUCCUUUAGUUUCAAACAGAUCUUUAUAGUUUGUGCUUCAUAAGCCAAUUCUUAUUAUUAUUUUGGGGGACUCUUCUUCAAAGAGCUUGCCAGUGAAGAUUUAAAGACAGCAGGAGCUCCUUUCAGGAGUCUGAAGCCUUGGCUGUGGACAAAACAAUCUUAAGUUGGGCAGCUUUCCUCAACACAAAAAAGUGAAUGGUCACUGCACCACAACUAGGACUUGAUCAGAAACUCAAAGCUUGGGGGAUAAAAAGGAGCAAGAGAUUACUGUAACAAACUUCGUACAGAGUUCAGUCUAUUAAUUGUUUCAUGUUAGAUAUUCUAUGUGUUUACCUCAAUUGAAAAAAAAAGAAUGUUUUUGCUAGUAUCAGAUCUGCUGUGGAAUUGGUAUUGUAUGUCCAUGAAUUCUUCCUUUCUCAGCACGUGUUCCUCACUAGAAGAAAAUGCUGUUACCUUUAAGCUUUGUCAAAUUUACAUUAAAAUACUUGUAUGAGGACUGUGACGUUAUGUUAAAAAAAAAAAAGGUGUUAAGUCACAAAAUG